AUGAAGGUUCCUGCUACCAAUCAGUUCAAAUUUCAUGAUGUGUGGGUUUCAGAGGUCAAUGAUCCAUGUACCAAGCUUUGGUAAGUUGUUUUGAAUUAUUUGAUAAUUUUGUCACAAUCAGAAUUUUUUUACUGCAGAAGAAAUGUUUAGUCUUAUGGUAUUAAAAUUCCCUGGGGUGGCGGGGAUGGGGGCGGGGGAACACUGAAGGGAAGUUUGGGUAGGGGUUUAGUGCCAAAAGGCCUUCAGACCUUCAUCCUAUUUAAACAAAAAACCGUUCUCUUCACUGGCCACCCUGUUUAAGAUAAGAAAACUCAUUUCAUGUCCCUGAUACAUUUCCUUAAACUGGCAUCAUGAGAUUAGAUUAAAAUAAUAAUGAUGGAAUCACACUUGUAAACUGUGGAUCACCAAAUAUUCACACCCUGUUUAAAGCUCUAGACACCCUGUUCAAGAUGCUAAAUAGUGAAAUUUUAUAAAUUGUUUAGGACCUAAGACCCCCAUAAACCCUACCCUGUUCAGCAGAACAUGCCUGUUUAGGCUAAAUAAGUGAAGGAUGUCUAUCCCUCCCCCCUGGGGAAUGUACACCUCAGUAUCCUCCAGACAGUGGAGUCCAGGACUCCCCUUCUUCUGUCAGCAUACUUAUGGGAUAAAUACUCUUUUGAAAAAAGUAUUAAUGCUAAUAAAGUUGGGAUAGAAAGAUGUUAUUCUUUUGAAAAAUACACCUUUAUAAAGAAUUAGAUUGUUUAUAUGUAGUUGUAAUGCAAAGUUACCCUUAAAGUCCCAGCCCACUUAGCAGUACUUUCUUCAUAUCUUACCUUGUGGCUUUUUAUUUUGGUGGUUUUUGAUAAAUCUCUAUAUCGCUGGUUAGAGAUUCAUCCAUAUCACUAUCCAGCAUUUGAACACUAUCCACUUGAUAAAUCUCGAUAUCGCAGGUUAGAGAUUCAUCCAUAGCACUAUCCAGUGUUUGAACAACCAGGGCCAGAACUAUAAUAUUAUUUUAACCCAUUCGCUCCUGGAGAUUUUGCCGAAAAACGUGUUUUGAAGCUAGUCGAGUGGUUUUCUGGUCACUGUUAUGCUAUAAGGAGCCAAAACUUACCUCAAACCGGUUUACAGGUCGUACACUUCGUGGCCUUCUGAUCCAGAUGCAAAUAUGAGUUUGCGAAGUUUGGGCAUGUGCAGAAAGCAAAAUUUCGCGAUAGUUUUUGGGUUUAAAAGUGACACAGCAAACUUGACUUUUACUUUUCGCUUUCUCUCCUCCCCUCUUUUUUCGCUUUUCUUGCCUCAUUUUUUUUUCUCUUGCUGGGCAUUUAGUAGGCUUCGUUUUGGUGGGAAGAGUUUUUAGGAAAGCUUUUAGGAUCUUAGGAUUAGGUGAAAGUGAGCAAUGGAACAAGAUUUUCAUGGAGAUUUUCAGGUCAAUGUCACAUGGUUUUUUGCUUCUUUCUCUGGUGUCCUUGACUGAAUUGUGCUCAUUCUGGUAUGGUUUGAAAGAUCUCUUCACUCUGCACAAGUUAGUGGACAAAGUUGUCCUUGACCGUUAAAACUGAUGACGUCACAAAGGGUAGAAAGGAUGUGGAUCCGCACAGGUGGUUACAGGCGGUUCAGGGGCGAAUGGGUUAAACCUAGUUUGGUUCAGAAUUUCCUUUCUUUCUUAGCCUGUAUUAAUCAUACAGAUGUACAGUGUGUAGGUGAGAAUGAAAUUCUGGUUUACCCUGAGAACAGAUUUUACCUACAACAUUUUCAAAUGUUGGUUUACCUGUAUUUUGACUCAAAUAAAAAAUAUGAUGCAGUUGUUAAGAUUCAGAAGGAGAAAAACCAGACUGGACCAAUCCCAAUAAUAAUAAUUGGGAUAGGUCCAAAAACUAAUUUCAUUAUUAGUUGUUGUGAAUUACAAAAAUCAUAAAUCCACAAAAUUAUUGUGUAAUUAAUUAAACUCCCACAAAAAGAAAGUGUCAAAUGGUACAUGUAGUUUACAGCAUUGCACCAUUAUUUACAAUGUGGACUUUCUUUCUCUGUUCCUGUUGUAGUGUUCAUGUCUGCAGGGUUGAAGGAUUUUUAGGAUUCCUGUGAUGUCAAGGCUGAUGGAGGUAAGCAAAAUUUGUCAUCUGUUUGCUAAUAGUGUUAGUCAAGUGAAGGUUGAUUUUUCUUAAUAUCUUGUAAACAAGUUGUAAGGUUUGAGGUGUGAGAAUUAGUUCUAGUUGUGGUUGUGAAUGUUGGUGGAGGGAUGUUAAUCAUGUCAGACUCUGGAUCAGGGGAGGUCUGAUUUGAGCCCCCUCUGUUCCAUCUCUUGAGUUUUAACUCGGAAAAAACCGUCAAAGUAAUAACAGUGCUAUCCUUAUGCAUAAGGGAAGAAACUUUCCAGGGGGGGUGGUUUAAAGGAAGUCUGGUUGGGUCUGUGCUGCUAAAACCCUUUGAUUCUGACCCUGUUUAAAGCAAAAUGGAUUCAAAUUGCUACCCUGUUUAAAAUGCUAAAUAGUGACAUUGAAUACUUUUUUUUAAGAUUGAAUUCCCAUAAACCUCUACCAUCUAGAGCUGCACAUACUGAGCAAGCCAAACGUGGAAGUUUCCCAACCCCUACCCCACCCCACCCCCUUCCUGAGUGCGUGUGUCAUUCUGUAAACUCCAAAGGGAACCAUUUUAGAUAUAUGGAGACAAAGAAACAAUGCAAUUGUUAAUAACUACAUAUUGUCAAGACAUCAGGACUAAUUUCAGUUGUGUACGUGAUAGAUCUACACUGUUUACUCACUUUUCAGGGCAGUUUUUCAAAAUAAUUGGUACUUGGCACCCGUUUAAAGUUUUCAUACUAAAGAUCAACUUCACUACAAUAUCGUUCAAAAGCAAUACUAAAUUCUCAGUGAUUCUUACAGUGGGUUAAAUAAAGAGGGAAUCCACCAGGAAAUUGAGUAAUUUUAAUUUUUAGUGGACAAAAAUCCUGCACCAGAAUAAUUUAAAGCAUAUUGCAUUCUUUUUUACAUUUUUCAAGCGUUAGAGAGGUAAUUAGUCUUCUGUGAUAACACCAAAGAAAAUUUCUCAUGGGAGCCCGAGAAAAUGAAUAUGUCAAAUUUCACAAAAUUACAUCUUACACAUUAAAUUUUUGAGAAUUUUUCCUGUGUUUUCACAAUUCUUGUGAAAUUUGACAUUCAUUUUCUUGGAAUCCCAUGAGAAAUUUUCUUUGGUGUUAUUACAGAUGACCACUUACAUCUUUAGCUCUUGAAAAAUGUAAAAAGAAUGCAAUAUUGUUAAGAUCAGCUCCGCGUAAUCAUGAACUUAAGACGAGGAAAUAGUCAAAAUAUGACCUGGCCUCAAACUUGGCCAGAACAAAGCCUUAUGUGCCCUAGUUACAAAAUCGUUGGUUUAAGUACGAUCGAGUGAAUAAUAAUUUUUUAAUGAAUUUUUUUCUUCCCGAGGCCUUUUAAAAAUUAUUCUGCAGGUACAAGCUUUUUGUCCACUGAGAAUUAAAAUUGCUCAGUCUCCUGGUGGAUUCCUUCUUAAACAUUCCUUUUGUACGUUACCAAGCACAAAUUUUAAGACAGUAUUUUGAGUAUUGUGAGUAUUUUUUCUGUCUUUUUGUGUUUUCUCCUUUUAUUCAACAGGCACGAUCUGUAACAUGUAAAAGUAGAUGAAACGUGAUCUAUGAUGUCAAAAAAUCAUUUUGUAGAAAACAACAGAAUGACUAGUGUCAUGAUCUCAAAAGAUUGUGUGCAUUAUCGGGAAUUACAGAAAAAUACAUAGGUUUUUCAAAAAUAUAAUAAUUUCGUCAAAGGGAUAACAUAGAUGUAAGCAAAAAGAAUGGUAAAGAAAAAAUUGGAAUAGUAUUACUUUCUGAGCUUUAAAUUCUAAAUAUCUGGUGAAAAGGUAACAUUAUCCGACUUAAUAAAAAUCUAAUUAAAUAUAGAUUUUACGAACAACAUAAAUUUUUUCGAGUUUUGAUCUUAGUCAAGAAACUAUUUCUUCCUUUACCUCUCUUCUCACAGGUCUUUAAUUUUGAGUUUUUUCUUUUAAAUUGGCUACAUACCAUUGGGAGCAAUGCUGUGGUGGACUAGUAUCCCAUCCAGGGAGGGGUGGGGGAAGUUGGGCUGUGAAUAGUUCUUGGCAAUUCACAGUACUCAAACCAAGAUAAGCUGUUGCUGUGUGGGCUUCAAUGGCUUGUUUCAACCCUUUAAGCACCAGUAUCCACAUACAAAUUCUCCAGACUGAUCUCAAUGCAUUCCUUGAAGCCCUAAGAGUGAUCAGCCUCAAAUUUCUCCUUGUAGUAUCACUUCUUUAUAAAACACAGUGGUCAUGAGAAUUGAGAACCUGAUCACACAAGAUGAAUCUAAUUGAUACUUCAACAAAUUCUCCCCACUACUUCCAUUGAAAACAAAUAGGGACGACAAAUGAGAAUUUGAAUUUUGAUAUUAGACUUUAAAAGAAUUACAUGUAGUCAAGAGAAUUUGAUUAACGAUUAAAGCAUUUUCAUUAAGUGAUCAUUUUAUUCAUUUCAUAUCAUUAAAUUGGAAGUUCACUUACAUGUACAGUAGUUCACACCUCAUAGUGUGGUACAUGCGUACUGCACUGUUGAAACCCUCUUAGCAACGUACAUCAUCUUUGACCUUUCACCUUGUAAGUUUAUUUAUUUAUUUAUUUAUUUAGUCACUCACAAAACCUUAUACAACAAGAACAAAAGUUGUUAAUUAAAUUAUAAAAUUAAUGUGACAAGAAAGCCUAACGAAGCUUGAAGCUUAUAUUAACAGGCUUCCUUCAACUACCUAGUGAACUAAAUUCAUGGCUGAGAGCAGAGUGAGCAAGAUCAGAAUAUUAAGCGACAGAUCGGCUGUCAGUUAGAUAAUUCUUAAUUCUUUAAAAUUUUUUUAAAAACAAAUAUAGAAGGAGAGCUAAUUAGUGAAACAGGCAACGAAUUCCAGAUUUUAGGUCCUCGGCCUUUCAAUCAUAUGAAUAAAUCAUUCUGGGCCAGUCCACAUGAAGUGUUUACACUUGCUGUCAUGCAAUCAAAAAUAAAAUUGCAAACCAUUCAAUACAGAAAGUCCAGAAUCUGGGAAAUAAAAGAAGAUAAAUAUGCAAAAGGCCUCGCCAAGAAUCAGGUCUGUGUGAUAUUUCAUAUGCGAGAUAUUCGGAAAAACGUUUUACCCAAAUUUAUAAAGCUUUGUAUGGAGACGCCAUGUUUGUGUCCCUUUGAGGGGCACAAAUAUGGCUGUCGGAAACCAACAGAAACAUCUGUUUGUGAGUUUUCCUACUAGUGCGUGAAUUCAGCGCUUGAAAAAGUCAUAGAGGAUUAAAGUGAUAUUUAUUCUGAGACAAGGAAUGUUUAGAUAGCAGAAUCUCCUAAAAUUGGUAAUGUUUUUAACCCACAUAAGAGCCUUCCCGGCCGCCAGCUAAAUGCCGCGUGACGCAAAAGCCUAGAAAUUUAAACGUCCUCUAUCGCAAAAUGAAGAACCCUUUCGAACCAAAACUUUGUUUAAAUAAAGGUGUUUAGGUGCUGUAAUACCUCAUGAAACUCAGAAGAAUCGAUAGUUUCUUAGUUUGAAUUUUUGAUGACGUCAUGUGAAAACCGAGAAUAUAUAUACAUGAGACACCACAGGUAGCCCAAACUCAAAAAAUGUCCGGCAUGUUUUUCUAGUCAGUUUUUGCAAGUGCAAUCGCUGACAGAAAAACUGUGGAAGACAAUGCUCAAUUAAAGUUUGCAAGAACAUACUUCAGUCAAACCUCUUUAAUACGGACAUCAAAGGGACAGAACCAAGUGUACGCUUUACAGAGGUGUCCGUAUUAUAGAGGUAGGGAAUAUGGAGGUGUCCGUAAGGAGAGUUUAGACUGUAUUAAAAAUGAUUUUAAAUAACCUGAGAUCAGGCUCUGUUUUCGUUUCUCUUUGUAAAUAACAUUCCGGUGGGCAAGGCGAAACGAAAAGAGAAUUUUAGCGGUACUACGUAAGUGAGAAUGUAUGACAACUGCUAAAAUUGAGCCUGAUCUCAGGUUAGCUUUUUAAUAAACCCUUUAAAAAAUUAAUGUCACUCUUCUUUUAGGAAUUGUCGUCUUUUCCUAGCACAGCCUCUACAUCACAGGAAGACCAUGAAAGCAAUUCAGAAUCCACUUCCUCAAGGAAAUUGAGGGUAACUCUGUUAAGCAGUGAAUGGAGAUCAACAAAAAGAGGCUUGUCAACCAUCAACCGAGAGCUGGCCAUUAAGUUGGCAAAACACCCCAAAGUGGAUGUCAGUGUUUAUCUUCCUCAGUGCAGUGAAGAGGAUAAACGAGUUGCUGCAAGUCACAAUGUACAUCUUAUUGAAGCAGAAGAAAUGCCAGGUUAUGACAACCCAGUAGACUGGUUGUCCUUUCUUCCUGAAAGCCAUUCUGUCGAUUGUGUGAUAGGACAUGGGGCUGUUCUUGGUCGGCAAGUGCAGGGUAUAAAACGUCAAUGUAAGUGCCAGUGGAUUCAGGUCGUUCAUACAGCUCCUGAAGAGCUUGGUAUGUACAAGUCCUACGCAGAUGCUAUUUCAAAAGGUGAGAAAAAGCACCAGGCUGAGGUAAAACUCUGUGAAAAAGCUGAUCAAGUAGUAGCAGUUGGUCCCAAGCUGGCUGAAGCUUUCUCAGGUUAUCUCCGUGCCUGUGGAAAAGAUCAAGAUGUUCUCAACCUUACCCCAGGAAUCUUCUCAGAGUUUUCUGAUGUAAAGCAAGCUACUGAAGAAAGAAAAACAUUCAGUGUUUUAGUAUUUGGACGUGGUGACAAUGAAGACUUUCAGCUGAAAGGAUAUGACAUCGCUGCUCGCGCUAUUGCUGAGUUGAAAGACGAGCCACAGCCCUAUAAGCUCUUGUUUGUUGGAGCUCCAAGUGGAGAAGAGGAGAAAGUAAAAGAUUUGUUACUCCAUCAAGGCAUUGAUCGCAGUCAACUAACUGUACGUUGUUUUAAUGAAAGCAGAGAGCAGUUAGCCCGGUUGUUUUGUGAAGUAGAUCUUGCUAUAUUGCCAUCACGGACUGAGGGAUUCGGGCUGGCCGCCCUUGAGGCUUUAUCAGCUGGUCUGCCUGUGCUGGUCAGUGGGAACUCUGGUCUUGGAGAAGCUUUGAAGAAAGUUCCUUUUGCUUUAAGUUGUGUGGUACAAUCAGAAGAUCCAAAAGAUUGGGCCAAUGCAAUCAAAGCUGUCCGUGGGAAAGAUCGAAAGUUAAGACUUAGAGAGGCGAAGGUUCUUCAAGGAGAGUAUGCCGGGAUAUACAGCGGGCAGGAUCACUGUAAUAGACUUGUGGAACGAAUGCUCACCAUUUGUCAAGGUAACAGGUUCACAAUGUUAUAUAUAUUGGUCUUCAGUUAUAAUCUGUACUACUUGCAGUAGGAAAUAUACUGAGGCUCACGCAAUUACAAUGACAAUAGUACAGUAUGUUGCCCAGUAUCCGGACACUUCAGUUUAAGAUUGCAAUAACUUUCCUUUGUUAAUCGCAAGAGCUCUGAAAUUCGGCCUAGAGAAAAUCUAUCUAGUCCUUAAUAUGACGAAAGACAGUAUAACUUUUUUGCCUUUGUUUCCAUCGCGAAAUUAAUAUUUUUGCAGAGCUCCUAUGUUGCCCAGUAUCCGGACACAACAAUAACAACGUAAUUGUACAUAAAUUUCGACAGGCAAGCGACUUAUAAGCUUCUUCUUGCAAUUGCAAAGAAGUCUGGCAAUCGAUUCCAAAAAUAUAACCUAGCAUCGUGAAAUAAAACAUAACAAAUAACUGGGGUAUGGUGGGGAACGCGAGCGGCUGUUUUAAAAAUCGUAUAAUUCUUACUUCCUUGUCCAGGAAUUUUUUCACUGAUUUAAGGAAGGCAUCCGUGGACAUGCCGAAGCCGCAGUUUGCAAGCUCAAUUAGCCAAUCUGCAAGCGACUAUCUUUCUUCAUUUUUUAUUUACAUCGUAAAAAAAAGCUUGGGGAAGGGACCUCAACCCGACGGUCAAAGGUCACUCUCCUAUUUAGUCUGACCUGCAGUGUUGAUUUCUUCAUGCUCAGUCCCCACAAUAAGCCUGCUUUUCUAGCACUAAUUCCUCCUUCUUUCAAACCGUUUCAACCCCAUUCUAGCAGUCACAACUGGGGAAAGUAUGAGAAUUCCAGGUUCAACUCAGACGCUUUCAGUUAUAUAUAGAAAAUGCAGUCACGCGAAACAAGCCGUGCACACGAAAUCAAAGAAAAUUUUCAUACGGAGUUGAGUAGAAUUACAUUUUACGACUAUAUCAUAUAUCCUAAGCUUUAAUUAUAGUUGCUGAUAUGAAAUAAAUCUUAUGCGGAUAAUGUACACAGCUAAUUCAUCGAUUCUGUACAGCAAAGAAAAAACUGUCCGGAUACUGGGCACAUGACAUCAAAACUUAGUGAAUGUUUCUGGCCUCCGUUAUUCCAAAUAAAUCGAAUUUCAAGAAGAAUUAAUAAACUUUCUGAAAACCUGAAUUCCUUAAGUAUCUUCACUUUAAAAAUAAAACGGUUUCUUUGAAAAUAUCACACAUUACCCUCCCUUUUCUGAGCAGCACUAAUUUUACUGCGCAGUAAACAGCGUAAAUAUCAACCAUGAAAAGGUUACUCACCUGAACAGAACGGCGUCUUCUGCGACUGUUUCGCAAGCUUUCAAAUCGCCAUGACUUUCAUCUUAAAGCUGAAAUGUUCAGCUUUCAUUCGAAAUACCUCGUUUACCGAGAACUGAAAAGGGCGCCUCAAAAAUUGAGUUUUUGUUUCAAGUGUCCGGAUACUGGUACCGUCCGGAUACUGGGCAACAUACUGUAGUGAGAACCUCACUUCAACAAGAUAAAUUCUCCACCUCUUUUAAUAACUCCACCAAAGAAGUCCACUUUCAUGUAACAAUAUCAGAGAGUUGUAAACAAAAUUGCGAUACUUUUUAAAGAAAGUAGAUUUUGUUUUUUCUAGACGUCUUAUUCCCGACCUUGAGGGUCAAAAGUAAAGAAUUAUUUCAUUGCCACAUUUGUGUACUCUUUUUGAAGGUCCCACUGCAGAUGAGCAGAAUUUAUCUAGGAAAGCUGCUGUGAUCUGUCAUGAUGAAAAGCCCUCUCCUUCUGAAAAACGUCUUCAUAAAGGUACACUUGAAUCUGAGAAACAUGAACAAUAUAAUGUGUCCACAAGAGCAAUUCAUUGUUUUCUAUUUAGGAAGGUCUGAGAGAUGUACUUUAGUCUAUUUGGGCUUAAUGAUCUUUCCUUGUGGGGAUGUUCAAUAAACAAGAAAUGGUCGGAGCUUUGAACAGGACUGAGACGUUUAAAACUGACUUACAAGGCCAAAACGUUGUCACACUGGUUACAAGCUAACAAUGUUAGAUGCCGAGAAAUAAUACUCGUUUCAGGUUUACGCUUUUUGUGCUAAAUUGGAUAAAGGGACCACAGCGUAAGGAAAUUUGCUUUUUAUCAUAGAGACUUGGUCGUUUUGAACGACAUCUACAUGUAAAUGCUGACCAUUGCCGCAUUGUAGAGGUGAUAAGUAACAAUAGACCUCUUUAGCUUGUAGGUUUUGUUUUCCAAUGCAGGUCAUGUGUUAAUACUCUAGAGAACUGUUUCUUUCAAAUUACAUCUUAUUCUCGUGCAUACAUGUAUCUACGCAUAAAAAGAGACAAAAGGACUUGGACCUCUAUUGGACUGGGCAAAAGAACAGGCUAAGCUAAAGAGGGCUAUUGAUCGACCAAUGGUAUUCCGGAUUUCAGAAUCCGGGAAACUUUUGCUUGUCGAUUUUGUUUCGUGGAAUCCGGAAUCCUUGGCCUUGGAAUUAAAUUUUAACGAUUGUAAUCCUAAAUCCAUUACCUAGAAUCCGGAAUGUCCACUGUGGACUCCAGAAUCUAAGUCUGUCUUGUCAUGUGUUUUUUGUUUGAUUAGUUCAAUUCAACAGAGUUUUGCGGCGUCUUGAAAUGACAACGUUCAGGGCUCGAAUGCUUGACAGGCUUUUUUCAAGCUUCGUUACUAAAAUGAUUUGAUCAAAAAGUUAAACGCUAAAAGGUUUUUAAAAUACAUUUAAAAACAUUUUAAAAAGUGAACGACGUUUCGGUGCUACGUUACGCCAUUAUCAAGUUGAAGAGUGAAAAAGUAUAAGGUGUAAAACGAAUAUAUAAAAUUUGAAACAAUACAUAAAAUAUAUGCGGGUCCAAUGUGUAUAAUACCCAAGCUGAGAAACACAAUAAGAGAAAAAAAAUAAGAAAUGUAUGAAAGUGUCACGUAAAUAGUUUGGCGCGAAUGGAGUCGGCUUGCGUGUUAAGAGAAGGCUUGAUGUCUUUUAUGUAUAACAUCUCGUAGACUAAGCAUUCAAACUUGCUUUUACAUUUCCUCAGAACUUUGAAAAGAUAGUCAGUCCUUGUUCUGUUGUUGCCAUGCUGUGUUUCAAGGUGUUUCGCGAUGGCUGAAUAACGGUGUUGAUAAUGGCGUAACGUAGCGCCGAAACGUCGUUCACUUUUUAAAAUGUUUUUUAAAUGUAUUUUAAAAAUCUUUUAGUGUUUAACUUUUUGAUCAAAUCAUUUUCGAAAUCUCUCCUGUUAAUAAAAUGGCCAUAUUUAUGUGGAUAGUUAGUACAAUUGCAGCAGUGAUGGAUACAAGAAUUAAAUAUCAGUGUAUAUAUCGUAAAGGUAAAAAAUAAUAAUGGGGAAAAUACAAAAACAGUAUUUGAUUGGAUUUUAGGCUCGACAAAGAAACGUCAGUCUUCCAAGAAAGGCAAAAGGCCGUUAUCUUCAAGUAACAUUCCAGCUCUGAAAUACCCAAGGCUAUUGAAAGAUGAAGGUAAGUUUUGUUUUUGCUCAAUUUCAAUUCUCUAUUUUCCAAUUCCCCAUAAUACACUCUGUUUGCCCCCCAAAUUUUGCAUAAACCAUUGUUUUUAAAUGCUCCUGGGAGUAUUGCAUUUUCCCAAGAGCAUUUUAAGACAAUAAGUUAUGCAAAAUUUGGGGGGCAGACAGAGUGUAUUAUGGGGAAUUGGAAAAUAGUCAAUUAAGGGUUAGUUGUUUCUUUUGAUGUAUAUUGUAUACGUACAACCGUCUUCGUGGGGAAGAUGGUUUUCAGCCAGUGAUACAGGCGGCUCGUUAAAAAAUUCAAGUACUCCCCAAAUAUAUAAGAGUUGAACCUAUGAGGUUCGGUUACUUGUCCAGAUGCUCUACUCCUGAGCUAUAGAAGACUGGUGGGAGGUAAGGCGACUAAACUAGGUUCGUGUGACAAACAUCCUGCAAACUGCAAGGACUAUUGUAGGACUAGUAUCACACACUGCAUUGGAAGUAACACAAAGUGGAUGAUUUUGUGUUCCUUGAUUGAGGCUUUAUAAUGCCCGCUUGCUCUGCUUCAGGUUACUCACUGACGAGGCUUGAGUCGCUGUCACUCGUGCUUGGAGCAAAUUAUACACUUCUCACGUUUGACUUGCUUUCUCAAAUUAUUUCUAACAAGCUUAAUAACACUCUCAAGCUUCAACCUGAACAGUUAAGAAUUUUUGAUAGUGAAGAGUUUAGUUCCUANAUUCUCUAUUUUCCAAUUCCCCAUAAUACACUCUGUUUGCCCCCCAAAUUUUGCAUAAACCAUUGUUUUUAAAUGCUCCUGGGAGUAUUGCAUUUUCCCAAGAGCAUUUUAAGACAAUAAGUUAUGCAAAAUUUGGGGGGCAGACAGAGUGUAUUAUGGGGAAUUGGAAAAUAGUCAAUUAAGGGUUAGUUGUUUCUUUUGAUGUAUAUUGUAUACGUACAACCGUCUUCGUGGGGAAGAUGGUUUUCAGCCAGUGAUACAGGCGGCUCGUUAAAAAAUUCAAGUACUCCCCAAAUAUAUAAGAGUUGAACCUAUGAGGUUCGGUUACUUGUCCAGAUGCUCUACUCCUGAGCUAUAGAAGACUGGUGGGAGGUAAGGCGACUAAACUAGGUUCGUGUGACAAACAUCCUGCAAACUGCAAGGACUAUUGUAGGACUAGUAUCACACACUGCAUUGGAAGUAACACAAAGUGGAUGAUUUUGUGUUCCUUGAUUGAGGCUUUAUAAUGCCCGCUUGCUCUGCUUCAGGUUACUCACUGACGAGGCUUGAGUCGCUGUCACUCGUGCUUGGAGCAAAUUAUACACUUCUCACGUUUGACUUGCUUUCUCAAAUUAUUUCUAACAAGCUUAAUAACACUCUCAAGCUUCAACCUGAACAGUUAAGAAUUUUUGAUAGUGAAGAGUUUAGUUCCUAACCUUUUUUUUUGCGUCAUUAAGAGACUGCGAAGCAGAAAAAUGUUUCCUUUUCGUUUAUUUGCUAGUUUUUAGUAAAGCAAUUUUUUAUCUGCAGUUUCUUACCUCUUUCGAGACUGAAAAACGAAACCGUUUUGAGAUUUAUUUUGAGAUUUAUUUACUACAUGUAAACACGUUAAUGGCACACCAAUAAGAGCCGAAUCAUUAAAGUGACAGAAUUUUCAAAGAAAGUAUUUUUCAUGUAAGUGUGAAAGCUGCUUAGAAUUGAUUUCACCCCAAAGUGACAAAGAACAUAGUUUCUCCAUGGCGCUCUGUCAGUGAGGAAAUGUAACACAGGUAUUUAGUUUAAUCAAAAUAUGAGUGUAAAAACAGUUCGAGCCCCAGCUCCAGGGCGCCAGUUGUCCGAUAGUUACUAUUCCUUAUUCAUCGUUGUCUUGUGAAGCCUAUUUGUGCAUACAUGUAGCAAGAAACAUGAAGAAAGGGAAAAUGUUAAGGGAAGACAGUAAAGAUUUCAAAGAAACAUUAUUUAUUCUAAAUUAUUUGCUCAGAAGUACGCUGACGAUAAAGAGAAAUUUCGGGCAUUCUACUAAUCAAAAUAAUGAGAGGACACGUUUUAUAAAUUCACACGUUGUUAGUGUAAAAUCCUGACCAUUCUUUUCCGGUCUUCUUGUUUCCAGCAGGA